AGAGACAGAAGAGGAGAGAGUGUGUGUGAGAGUGUGUGUGUGUGAGAGAGAGCGCGCUGGCAGGAGUCCCUGAGUGAGUCGAGGCUCAGUCACUGGUAGGAAGCACAGUGUGGCAGUGCUGCUCCAAUCACUCUCACACCCCGGUGUGUGCAUGUGUGUUCAUUCUGACUCUGCUUCUACACAUGCAAACGAAGGCAGCAUAGCAAGCGCAGCAACAACAGAAAACCUCGUGUACGGACCUCUCUGCUUCUCACCUCUCCUCCAGCGCCCGCACAGGAUUUCCACUGUGUUUGCAAGAAGAAAUGCAGUGACGGUAUAUAACUUUUUCCCUUCAAGUUGUCCCAAGAGGAUUCAUCACUUCAACUAUUUACUCAACAAAAUCCUAUAAGCUAAAAAUGGAUCUGCACCGUGCUGCUUUUAAAAUGGAGAACUCUUCCUUCUUGCCUAAUCCUUUGGCCUCUCCAGCGCUAAUGGUUUUGGCAUCAACUGCUGAAGCCAGUCGAGAUGCUUCCAUACCAUGCCAACAGCCACGUCCUUUUGGUGUGCCAGUCUCAAUGGAUAAGGAAGUCCAUAUACCUUUCACUAAUGGUUCCUAUACUUUUGCUUCAAUGUACCAUCGCCAGGGUGGUGUGCCAGGGGCCUUCCCUAAUCGUGACUUCCCACCUUCCCUACUUCACCUCCAUCCACAGUUUGCCCCUCCCAAUUUAGACUGCUCCCCAAUCAGUAUGCUAAACCAUAGUGGUGUUGGUGCUUUCCGGCCUUUUACCUCCCCUGAGGAGCGGGAGAGCUAUCAAUCUGCGUUCACCCCAGCCAAGCGUCUAAAGAGCUGUCAUGACACAGAGUCUCCACAUCUGCGAUUCUCCGAUGCCGAGGGUAAAGAAUAUGAGUUUGGGGCUCAGAUCCCCACAGGCUCCCCAGUGGGGCUCAAAGUGGACGAUGCAGGAAAAAAACUUUUUGCAGUGUCCGGCCUGAUUUCAGACAGAGAGACAUCCUCAAGCCCAGAGGACCGGAAUGAUAGGUUUCCCUUCUGCAAGAGGUCUGGAUGGUUCUGCCAAAGGAAAGUUGAAGGCAAAAAGAAGGUUGCCCUGUUUGAUAGCCAAGCCCCAAUCUGCCCUAUAUGCCAAGUCCUACUACGCCCAGGAGAGCUGCAGGAACACAUGGAGCAGGAAUUGGAUAAACUUACUCAAUUAAAUAUCAGUAAGAAUUCCUUGCAGAAAGAAAUCAUGGCUCCAUGCACACCAAAGUCAGUUUUGUUAUCAGCUUCAAUCAAGCGAGAAGGGGAAUCUCCAACAGUGUCACCUCACUCCACAGAGGAUAUUCACCACUCGGACAGAUAUCAGACCUUUCUGAGAGUGAGAGCCAAUAGACAAACCAGACUUAAUGCUCGGAUUGGAAAAAUGAAACGAAGGAAGCAAGAUGACGGGCAGGUAUGUCCACUAUGCAGUCAGCCACUCUCUGGAUCGGAGGAGGAGAUGAGUAGACAUGUGGAACUGUGCCUUGCUAAGAGAGAAACCUGCAUGAAUGAGGAUGAUUCUGUUGAUAUUGAGAAUGAGAAUGGAAACAGAUUUGAGGAAUAUGAAUGGUGUGGACAGAAAAGGAUACGAGCCACAACACUUCUGGAAGGGGGAUUUCGUGGUUCUGGGUUUGUUAUGUGUGGCAGCAAAGAAAACCAUGAUAGUGAUGCUGAUUUAGAUGUUGAUGGGGACGACACUCUGGAAUAUGGAAAGGCGCAAUAUACAGAAGCAGAUAUUAUUCCAUGUACAGGAGAGGAACCUGGAGAAGCCAAAGAAAGAGAAGCUCUUCGAGGAGCAGUUUUAAAUGGUGGAACACCAAGCACCAGGAUAACGACCGAAUUCUCUAAAUGGGCGAGUGAUGAAAUGCCAUCAACAAGUAACGGCGAGAGUAGUAAACAGGAAACAAUGCAGAAAACAUGCAAAAACAGUGAAAUUGAAAAGAUCACAGAAGAAUCUGCAGUCACAACGUUUGAAGCACUAAAAGCACGUAUCCGUGAGUUAGAAAGACAGCUCUCCCGAGGGGACCGCUACAAAUGCCUCAUUUGCAUGGAUUCCUACACAAUGCCCCUGACAUCUAUUCAGUGCUGGCAUGUUCACUGUGAAGAAUGCUGGCUGCGCACUCUGGGCGCUAAGAAGCUCUGCCCACAGUGUAAUACCAUCACAUCACCUGGAGACUUGAGACGUGUGUACUUGUGAAACAAAUGUGAAAAGGGACAAACAUUGCUCCUAUGUAGUGGCAGCUCCCUCGUGUAAUUCGUACCCCUUCUCUGUCCAUAGAACAUCUCUGUUUGGGAACAGACUGCAAGAGAUUGGGGGCUGCCUUGUGAGAAAGGAAGAGCCUAAAGAUAACAACCCUUCUGAAACCUAGGAGCAAAAGACCUUCCCAGGACUUGACUUGCCAGAUAGGGAGAUUUGAAGCGAGAUUACUCUCAUCCUUUGGCUUCCAGAGACUCGACAUGUCCUGUUAUAUCCAGAUAGUACUAAUGGGGGGAAUUAAAUCAUUCCCUAACUGCUAUAAACCAACACUUGUAUAAAUUUCCUUUAUCUUCUUGUUCCAAAUGCUGAUUAUCAGAGUUAAAUGAAUGAGUUUUUAAGGGGGAGCCAAGAUUUACCACCAGUCUGAUUUUGUUUACAUGUCCUCCCCCUGCUCUAUUCGUUUCACGACUUCAGCUGCCCAGGGUACGUGUGAGAAGCCAGACACUGAGGCCUGCGAGGCCAGGAAAGAGAGACAGAACGGACAAUACCGAGCUGCGUUUUAUUCUUUUUUUCCCUCCCUUGUUUCUUCAUGUGCUGUUUUUGUGAUUUUUCAACUGUGUAAAGAGGCAGGGAAAAGAAGAAAACUGAAAAAAUGCGAAGCACAUGUAUUAUAAAUUAUAUGUUUACAAUGUUGUGUAUAAAUUCAGUAGACUCAAAA